AUGAAAAAAACAGAUGCCACUAAGAGUGUAUUGGAUAUAAACUCCGGUCACACUGAUUGUCCUUUCAGGGAAUUCCGAGAUAGCGAACUUUCGGUGGAUUCCUGGGGACUGGGUCCACUGGAUUAUAAAUCUACUUUGCGACUGGCCAAAGGGGUAUCCAGGACUCAUACCGAGCAUGUGUGGGUGGACUCACAGAUCCAACCACUCCCAAGAUCGGUGAUGAAACGUUUGCACGGCUGGGUGAGGGCCGAGGACUUAGCGCAGACUCUGUGGGAGGCAGAAGUUACAAUCUUUGAUGACAACAAUGGUGGGUCGAUGUCCGUAUCAGAUAUUCAGUUUGCUUACUACCCAGUGCUGCAGAUGUCUUCAUUCUGCAGAAAAGUCCUAUCCUAUUGUUACAUACUGGAGAGGGCAGAGGAUUUUACAGUGGAGCAUCAAUGGGAGAACUUCGUAUUUAGCAUACCACCAGAGGGCUGGCGAGCACGCUAUCACAUUUACUCGCCAGGCUUGAAAUAUGGCGGUGGACAGCAACAUCGUCCUACUUUAUCAAAAAACGGCUGCUACCUCGUCAGAUUAUACUAUAUCGGUGCUUGGCGCUGCGUGUGGGUGAGCGACCAGAUUCCAGUCGAUGCGAUGGAUUGCCCGCUGCUGCCUUUUGCACCGUUCUUCAGUCAGAACGCAAAACAGUCAACUCAGACUAAACCACCAGUUCCCUUUAUGUCCAACCCUACUGUUCACCUGUGGCCCCUAUUGUUAUGCAAGGCCCUGUUGAAACUGGCUGCUCCUAGCAUGGAAGAUGUGGAUUCUUCUUUCACUGAAGAUCAAGUCCUUGCUGAAUUUGACAUCCUACAUGCACUCACUGGGGCUUUGAAUUUGACUUACAACUAUGAUGAUGCUGAUCGACUAUGGAAACUAAUUACUUCAGAAGUACCACUUUUUUCAUGGGAUGACGACGAUGAUACCCUAGCAAGCACCAUCAGGCCUAAAGCAAAGAAGCCCAAUGUAAAGGAAACGGCAGUUUUUAGGCAUAGGUCAAUUACAUCAAUUUUCAUUAAAGACACGAGAGAAUUUCCCCCAUAUUACUUACCUGGUAUAACACCAGCUUUUGAGAUGAGUCUACUGGUGACUAUGGCGAGAGACUUGCCGAUAAAGAAACCAUUGCCAGAGCCAGAGGUUGCUCCAUGGAAACACUAUAGAUGGGUAGAUUGGGCUCGGAAUCACGGUUUGUACGAAGCUUAUGAUUGUCCUAGAACGAAGUUUGUUAAAUUAAAUGGCUUACUGAAACUAUCGCAGGCCCCUCACUUGUUGGAUGUUCAGAGUACUGAUUCGAUAACAUUUGGUUUCCGAGAAGAACAAGCUCGAACUAACCCUGCGGUAAGGAAACCUUCGAAGGCUGGUAAAGAAGUUACCCGAUCAUUUACGAAUCAUACGAUGUCUCCACAACUCAAAGAAGAGUUACGCGAAUGGGUUAAAUUUGAUAUGAUAAUGAACGUCUUGAAGAACAUAAGUAUCCUAUGCUAUCCGUCGAUGUUUCAACUUAGUUCCAUAGCCAGCAAUCCUCCGAUCCGCAUUACGAAGGCGCCUCCAAACAAACAGCUUGAUAUCCCCGCAUCUAAAACAUCACCACUAUAUCUUCAGAUAGAUGGACCUGAAGAAAAUGUACUAAAAGUAUCUUGCGGUAUGCUUCAUCCCCGAGUAUUUCUUCAUGCAGGUCUACCAAUAGACUGCUACGUAGAACCUGGUUAUGUGCUUAUAGAGAAAUUCAAGUGGUUCGAAGACUGUGAACUACCAAAACCAAAAGUCUAUUUACAGACUCGAGGAUACGAUGCAACGGAAGUGUCAUUUGAGCCGGGGAGACAUUUUUGUAGAUUAUGGGUUCAUUCGAGAGUUCCAUGGCACGUGAUGACAAUGAGUGAAUCUACAAUAUGUGUGGGCACACGUGACGUUAUCCAAGCAGCCGCAGUGCGCGAGUGUCCGUGGGCGUCAAGGUUCCUAAGCGCCCUUGGCUUGGCUUUCCAGAACUUUGUUCGGAUAAGUAAAUCUGCUACAGUUUUGAAUACAUUCGAUAAGGACUUUUACAGGUCCUACCAACCUGACUUGGAUUGGAACAUUCAAGAAGUUGGUUACGACAAACGUCUACUUCAUUGGAUGUUCCGUCAGGCGUUACAAUCAACGCUGAAGAAAAAACUUGCUCCAUACGAAUAUCGUUUAGUUUGUAUAUUUCUUCAACGUUAUUUGAAGGAUCCUGAUUUUGGACUAUCCAAGGACAUAACACCUUAUGUAUCAACUACUCAAUGGUUGGCCAACGACCCGUGCGACUGUAUGCCGGAAACUGAGGAAUUAGUACUUUACAGAUUUCAAUAUACUGAAAUUACACCUGAAGAUAUAGGCACUGAAUCAUUUAGGCAAACCAUCUGCGAAACAGCUGAAGAGACUUUAUCGUGUGGCCAUCUAAAAACCAUUAGAGAGAUGAAAAUAAGGCGGCAUGAAGCGGCGAAAAAGAUACAAGCGCUUUGGAGAGGAUUUAGGACAAGGAAAAUUAUUGAUGCUCGCGAAACUGUGACGCCAGAGAUCGUGAAAUAUCUAAUGGAUAAUGCGUUUGGUAAUCUGGAAGCUUUAUCAGGGUUGAUGAAUGAAUUCUUCAUUAUGUUCCCUGGUACAAAAAACGCAUACUCCGUAGCCUCUGCAUUGACCGGGACUUUUGGUUUGAAGCAACACACUGGCUCUGCUCAUGUUUCUCCAAAAUGUGUCUGGAUUCCUUUCUUUCAAGUGGUGUUCUAUUGCCACGGUCCUGUUAAAAUCCAUUUCGAUCUCCAAAGUGUAAUUGGAACUAUUAAAAUUAAUUCUAUCAUAGAAGUUUAUGAUAACGAUACAAAAACACUGCUACCACAAGCGUAUAAUACACAUUUCACUUAUAAUUUUAAUCCAAAUAUUAAAGGGUAUACUAUAAUCGGUCAUGGAUCUCUGAAACAAUCACUUAACAUCAACACCGAGGCCCAUUGGCAAUUGAAUGUAAUGUCCAACAUUGCCAACAUCUUUCACGUAUGUGAUAAUGAUGUCGAUGGUUGCAAGGAACAGUCUGUACCCUCGGCUACAAAAGUACAUAUAGAGGAAAUAUAUCUUCCCAAUCAAAGAAACAUUUUAGGUGGCCUACAAAUUUCUGUACACAAACAAGAAACGAUUUGUUUUAGAGCAUCAGUAACAAGUCCGGAUCUAGAAAUAGUAGCUAUACUUAAAACGAAGAAUCGUAGCGGUCAAACACAAGAAGUGGCGAGAUACACUGGCAGAGGAGAGUUGUACUGGCCGUAUAUCAGACUGCAAGGGGAACAGAGACCUACGCAUAAAAUUACCUUACUCACAAAUACGUCUCCUGGCGAUUCAAGUGUGCGUACGACACGUAGUGUGAGAGGUAGUAAACCUACAACCGGGUCACUCAAACAUAGAUCAACUUUCAAGAUUCGAGACCCCAGUCUAACACGGGAUAUAAAUACUUAUAUAAUAGAAGUCCGAGCAUCAAAAGGAUGGCCACUAACAAUACCACAGUGGAGAAGGGUCAUCGAAAUUCAAAGUCAAUCGGGUUAUAAAGAUAUACACAGAAAAACAUUAAGAGAAAAGCAAUCAUUUCAAUCAAGUCUGAAGGAGAAGCGAGACAGUCCGAGGGUGAACGAUCCACUGCCCGGCGAUGCGUACGUUGAGAUGGAGUGCUCGCUGAUCGCUGAAUCCGGGGCGACGGCAUGUCGUGACGAUUCUAGAGAACUAGAGUUUAUUGCUAUAGCGAGGUCCUGGGAUGCCAAAGACCCUGGUAGGAACUUGAGAGGUGCAAAGAUUAGAAAAGAAUUUCGAGAGGAAUACCUUGAUUUGCCAACACCACCUGUUACUGAAAUUGUUGAAGGGAAGUUCAACGAGGUUAUUAUUUGUAUAUUAAGAGUGUUAGACGCCAGCAAUAACGACAAUCAGUUGCACGAAUGGAUGUCUGAUUUUGUCUUCACUGACGAAAGCCAGGAUGCUUCAUCAAGUCGACAACUUCCAACCCCAGCUUCUAGUUCUCCUGGACUUAAAAAGGAUGAGCAUAAAACUUCAAGUAAAUCGUUAGAGGUUAAGGAUGGAGCUAAAUAUCUGACCAUGCCAGAUGUAUUGAAAGACAAAUUCAAGCCUCUAGAUUUUAUACCUCUAUGUACGAGAGAACAAACUGAAGAAGAAAGUAUUGUUAUAACACCAGAAAUGACAGAAGCAUCGAGACGGGCCCGCGACGCGCAGAUGGUGGCUGCGAUAGAGCGCAUGAAUCAACUCCAAGCUUAUUACGAGGCCAAUAUAUUAGAAGUGCAGAAGACGCGAUGCGAUAUACUUGAAAAACUUUUUGUUGAUUCACAAUGGACCCAGGGUUUAAGUGAAGCGUUAGAGGCUAGGGAUCUUACUCUGACCACGGUUGAAUCGAACAAAAAUGCCUCUCUCACACGCAGGAAGCAUGAAUCGAAAACAAAAUAG